CCCGCCUUGGUGGCCUACCCCCGGAGAGUGAACAUCGCUUACGACUUCAGAUUUAUCGACCCUGUCUUUGCAGUCUGUGUUGGCCUAUCUGCAGCCGCCGUACGCAUCCGCCGUGAACAGCGCGAGAAAUACCCCGACCAAGAUUCCAGUCUGCCGGCGUUAUGGCAGAAAGGUGUCAGCAUGACGCGCAGAUACUUUAGAGAUGAGGCCAAGACCGGCAAGUGA